GAGAAUCGAACCGGGGGCUUCGGAUGUACAGCAAGGCCGAGCUCCCUCGGCGUCAUGGAUCGAACCCUCAAGCUGCUGUCGACAGGAGACAAGAGAAUAUGCGACAGCAUUGCUAGUCUGUUUGAGCUCCUGACUUACCGCCAGCGUGUGCGCGGCGUGCCGAUGCGUUGAAAACCGACCGCUGGGCGGCUCCUUGACGCGGCUAGGCGGCUAUGUACAGACUCGCCCGUCUGCCCAAGCACGGCAGCGAACACCGACCCAGACCUCCAACACCGACGAGGAGAGAACACCAGCCGGCUGGACAAGAAAGCGCGACCGACUGGACUCACGGGCAAGAAAAAGCGGAGCCAGAAGCGCUGGAUGCACACGCGGAGGGCCGGCGCAGGCUGCCGAUCACCGAGGAAAGGCGUGCGGCCACGUGCAGCGGCUGUUUCCUCUCGCACCUUCGCCUUGGCCCGCGCCGAUCGGCGAAACAGCGAGUAAAAAAACGACCACCAGCUGGCCAAGCACACGAGUGUGAGCAGCCAGCUCUCUCGCCCAAGCUGGCCGCGGCCCGUCGUGUGUCUGGCCCGUCGGCAAAGAGAGACUACUGCGCGCAAGCCCGAACCCCACACGCCGGUGCGGCUGGGGCGGCCCGGCUCGGGAUCCGCGGCCCGGGAUCCCGCCAUGAUUCGAAUAAACUAUCAGAAAGUGUGGACAGGGUCGCCGGCGGCGGGCCGGGCCGCGAUGCCAGACAGCGAGGACGAGGAGGGGGAGGAGGAGGGGAAGGGACCAGGGCACAGACGGCAGCAGCAGCGGAAGCGCCUCUUCGCGGCCACUUGCCUCGCAGCCCCACGGGGGGGCGGGGGCGCAGGCAGUGUAUCGUAACACCGCUGGGCCAUCAUCACGUCGAAACACUCGGGAAGGAGGAGGUGUAAUAGGGGAAGAAAAAAGGAGAGAACAGAGAGAGAGAGAAAGAGAUA